UAUUUAGUGGUUUUAAGUGGUGACCUUACUAUUUAGACAAAAAUAUUUAAUUUUCCCGUUGGAUUAAUUGAUAUUAGGUCGUGCUAACUUUCACUCUAGGUAUAGAUAGGUGCUGUAGAUAAAUAUAUAGCGUAGUUAUAGAGUCUGUAGAUAUUCUACAUCGAGUCUCAAGGCCGAAAUACACAAGUAUUCUACACAAGUACCUGCUGUGAAAAGAAUAAUUUUAAGUAUUUAUAAUAUUGUAGAAUAAAGAAUCAGUAAAAUCAAGUUUGAUAAAUCAUAAAAGUGCCAAGUGUAUUGUGUCCGUGUGGUGAAGUCAUGGAGUGCAGCACAAAUAUAAAUGGCAAAAAGUGAAACGUUCGAGCCAACUGCAAAGCUGCUCGUAAGGAUCUGCCGAGCCCGCAUUAUCUGUGAUAUACAGCUCAGCCUCUCGUCCGUCCUAAAAGGGCUGGGCCACUCGGGGCUUGAGGCGUAUCCACAGCAGCUUCAGCGGUGGUCUCACCCUCGCCACAGAGGCACAAACACUGCUACCUGCUUAUGACUGCAUCACUACGAACCAUUGUUACUUAGUCUAUAAUUGAAACAAUAUGCAAUCUGUGAAAAUAAGUAUAAUACUAGGUGGAUAUUGUAGAAAAUUAUUCUAUUUAUAAUAAUUGUCUGAUGUCUAAUGUUUCUGUAAUAUUAUGUGUUCCACAUUUAAUUAAGGAUAAUUGUUAUUCCAAUAUUGAUACUGUUACCGAACCAAUGCAAUGUAAUUACUGCACCUCCAUGUCGGCGGUGAACACAAAUAUAUUUGGUGCUUAUGAGCGAGUCGAAGAGAAGAAUGAGAGUCAGCGAGUUAGUGUACAAUUGGUAGAUAAUAAUAUUUAUAAUGUAGAGUUUGUUGAUAGUAUCCAACAAAACCAAAUGAUUGGCGAUACGCCUAACUACUGCAUUCCUUUAAAGAUAAACGCCAUAACAGUCCAGGGUAUCUCAUACAGUGACCCGUAUUUCAGUAGCUUUAACUUAAACUAUAAGAUGGCGUUCGGAGCGCCGGAGUAUAUGAACAAGUCUGAUUACGCUUUUAAAUCCUCAGUUUGUAUUAUACAAGAUGAGCCUUGCACGGACAAGACGCAACUAAAAGAUAUGUCUGCUCAUAGAAUGAUAUGUAAAACGAAAACUCGAAUGAAUACGACUUACAAGUCUGUUGAAGCCGACCAUGACAAUAAAAUAGAGGGCGUUAGCAGCCAAACACCAAAGCAAUCUAAACUCAAAACUUUUGCUAAUGGUGAGCUAACGUUCGAUGCAAUGGUGGAGUUACUGAGUAAGGAGAAGGAGAUCAUCGUAGAGUUGAGGAAGACUGAAUGCACGAAUCAGUGGGGUGUCCCACGCUGCUUGCGGCUAGUUGGUGGUGGAGAGACCUCACUCAAUGCUGCCAGUGGAUGGGGCAGCCCUCCUGCAGCCAAUAAUGCUGGAAAUUGGGGUGGUAAUUCCAGUGGCCAAACGAACAGCGGAGCCAGCAGCGCUCAGCAGUGGAACAAUUCUCAACGCCCUCCCACUUCGCAAGCUGAUUUGAACAGUAACAAGGGGAAUGGCAAUCAGAUGCCGCCGACCAGCGCGUCGUCGAAUUGGCAGUCGUCCCCGCCCAACAUGCCAAAUUCACAACAGAACAACAACGGCGCACCUCAGAGUAAUGGUACAGGCGCCAACGGCAACGGCGUCAACGCAGCCAACACCAACGGUCCAUCGCCCAACGGUAGCAAUGGCAGCCUCUCGAACAACAACUCUUCUGCCAAAAUAGAACAACUGAACUCUAUGCGCGAGGCGUUGUACAGCCAAGACGGUUGGGGUGGCCAACACGUGAACCAAGACACCAAUUGGGAAGUGCCCGGAUCUCCUGAACCGGGUUCGAAAGUUGAACCCGCUGCUGGCGGUCAACCGGCUUGGAAACCGGUGAACAACGGCGCUUUCCUCGGGACUGAUUUGUGGGAAGCCAACCUGAGGAAUGGGGGUCAGCCCCCGCCGCAGCCUGCGAGCAAAACCCCAUGGGGGCACACCCCAACGACAAACAUUGGGGGUACUUGGGGCGAAGACGAUGAUGCCGCUGACUCUUCGAGCGUUUGGACCGGGGCACCGCCCCCACAGCAAUGGCCGGCCGGGCCUCCACAGCACACACAACAGUGGAGUGUGCCGAAGAAAGAUGAUUGGAACGCAUGGGGUGAACCCCAUAGACAGUCUGAUCCGAGACUGGACCCUCACCGUACUCCAGACCCCAGACAGCAGCCCUCUGAUCCACGUCAUGAUCUCCGCGGUGGGAUCUCUGGUCGCCUCAACGGUGAUAUGUGGAACCAACACCACCAGCACCCCGGAGCACCGAACAAGAUGAUGCCAGCCAGCACCGUCAACCAAUGGGGUGCACAGGGUCCCAAAGAAGCUAUUAAAUCGUCGGGAUGGGAGGAGCCGUCGCCGCCGGCCGCGCGUCGCACCGGCGCUGGUUUCGACGAGGGCUCGUCGCUAUGGCAACGCGGUAUGGGAGGCAUGUCCCGUGGCGCCCCUCAAGGGCCGCCUGCUUCCCAACGGAUUGCGCCCGCGCCCACCAAACCCGACGCGGUUUGGGGCACGCACUCCCAACGGAACGGAUCGUGGGAGGAACCGCACGCCACCGGGUGGGGGGAGCGAGAUGUCCCCGCCUGGCCCGACGCGUCAGGCCCCGCGCUGUGGCCUGUCCCCAAGCCGAAGCCCAGCGGUGGGCCUGCGGCCUGGCCCGAUGACAUCGGAGAGUGGGGCGGGCCCAAGCCACCGCAGAGUGGUUUGCCUCACGGCAAGCAGCUGCCUAAGGAGAUGCUGUGGAAUAGCAAACAGUUCAGAUUUCUCGUUGAUUUGGGAUACAAGAAGGAGGAAGCGGAGGCAGCUCUCCGUAGCCGUGACAUGAACGCUGAAGAAGCUUUGGAGCUGUUGGUAGCCGCUCGUGGUGAGGGCUGGAGACGAGAUGACCACUUCCACCAGGGGCCCUUCCAGCCGCAGCCCGCUGGACCGACCGUGCCACCAGCUGUGGUGCAGAAGCUUCUGAACCAACCACCCCCACCGUCGGUGCAUCAUCACCCAUCUUACAAUCCUAAUAGUGGAACCGGAAGCAGUGGGCAGCCGAGCACGGCACAGCUGCGCAUGCUGGUGCAGCAGAUCCAGAUGGCCGUGUCCGCUGGCUACCUGAACCACCAGAUCCUGAACCAGCCGCUGGCGCCGCAGACCCUGGUGCUGCUCAACCAGCUGCUGCAGCAAAUUAAAGUGUUGCAACACCUCGUCCAGCAACACUCGGUGGCCGUGCCCAAGCCGAACUCUACCCUCGCUAUGCAGUACUCCAUGCAGAUCACCAAGGCCAAACAACAAAUUACCGCCCUACAGAACCAAAUAGCCAACCAGCAAGCGCUAUACAUGAAGCAGCAGACGGGCGGCAGCGACCUGUUCAAGCAGAGCCACGACCCGCUCGCGCCGCUGCAGAACAACUUCAGCGACAUGUCCAUUACCAAGGACACGCAGUCCGCUUAUGCCACCAGUGGCAACCAGCAGUCGCGCUUGAACCAGUGGAAGCUGCCGUCCCUGGACAAGGACGGGGAGGUGAAUGACUUCAGCCGCGCGCCCGGCACGGCCAAGUCCGCCACCAGCCCGCAGCUCGGCCAGAUUGGCCUGCAAACUGAGUCUCCGUGGGGCAUGAGCCGCGCGUCGGAGGGCUGGGGCGACUCGGGCGCCGACGUGGCGGACGGCAAGGACGCGUGGCCCUCGCACGCCGCGCACCAGCCCGCCUACGACCUCGUGCCGGAGUUCGAGCCCGGCAAGCCGUGGAAGGGUAACCAAAUGAAGAACGUAGAGGACGACCCAGCUAUGACCCCGGGAUCAGUAGUGCGCUCUCCACUCUCGCUGCCCAGUAUAAAAGAUACCGACAUGCUGGGGGGCAAGACGUCCCCACCUGGGGGCGAGAGGUCAUUGUCCUCGUCGACAUGGAGCUACGCACCCCCUGCAACUUCGGCUGGGGGUCUGAAGCCUUCUGACGCCUGGGCGGCGAAGCCCCGCCCCGCGCCACCGGGCCUGGCUAAAUGGCCCCAACAUCACGUGAACUCGCGCGCCGUGCCUUCGUGGCAGGCGUCCACUUGGCUGUUACUGAAGAACCUUACUGCCCAGAUCGACGGGUCGACUCUGAAGACACUGUGCGUGCAACACGGCCCGCUGCAGAACUUCCACCUCUACCUGAACCAGGGCCUGGCGCUCGCACGCUACUCGACGCGCGAGGAAGCUGCUAAGGCCCAGAUGGCGUUGAACAACUGCGUUUUGAGCAACACUACGAUCUUCGCGGAGUCCCCCGCCGAGUCCGAGGUGCAGAUGAUUCUGCAGCACCUCGGCUCGGGCGGCGGCGGCGCCUGGCGCGGUGGCGCUGCCAAAGACAGUUGGGGCGGCGGUUUCCCAGGCCUGUGGCCUGAGCAGCAUGAGCAGCGCGCCACCCCCUCCUCCCUCAACUCGUUCCUGCCGCCGGACCUGCUCGGCGGGGAGUCCAUCUAAACGCCCACCGCCCAGCCGCCGACCCUGUGCGACCCCAGUGUAGUACACUAGAGGUACCUCACGUCGCAUCGCAGACAGAUGCGAAGUUACUAAACUAUCAAAGUAGCGACUGGGACUUCGUAUCUUUGUGUCGAGUACGAUUUUGUACCAAUUCGUCCGCGUAAAAGUAAACUUUGAUUUAUAUGGAAAUGAAUUUGGAUAUUGUGUUUUCUCUUGUUGUAGCUAGAUGGCGCCGAUAAGGCAAUUGAAAUUUACUUUUACCGAAUUGAAUGAGUACAACUUAGGAGUGGCUCCGUGUGAGCGUACAAUGAUCAAUGAUUGCUAUGUUAUUGUGAAGGGGCGCACAGGGGGGGUCGGAGGUGGAGGAGGUCUAGUUGUAAUUACGCUUCGCCGCCCCCCGCACGGGGCCGGACUAAAUUUUAUUCGCCUAGUCACAUCGAGCCGGACGCGGGGCGACGCGCCGCGUGGCCUCGCGCCCGCCGUAGCCAACUGUCCACGUUCUAUUAUCUACUGUUUCGUAAGUGUUCAUGUAGAUUAUUUUAGUGUACAUAAGAAUUAUACAUAUACAACGUCAGACAUAUAAUGUGCGGAGGGUCACACCCUCCUCCUGUAAAUUACCAAAUAAUAUAAGCUAUCGGAUAGUGUAGUAGCGUCGCGGGCUACCUCAGUCACUCCCCGUGGCCUUAUUUUAGUCUGUAUUUAUUUUGUUGCGCGCGUCGGGCUGUUGCUGUUUCGCCCGGCGGGCUGUUCCGAGUUUCUUUCGUGUUUAUUAUUAUUUUUUUUAUAUAUUUGUGGUUUUGUCGCAUACAACUAACGUAUAUUAUUAUUAUUAUUAUUAAUACUACUAUUAUAAUUUAUUUUAUUUGAUAUUUAAAUUCUCACUCGCGAUGAGCCUUCGUUUUCCAGUAGUGAUAUUUUUACAGCAAUAAAAAAAAAUUAAGUGCAUUUCGCCCGGUUAUCGAAGUUUUUAUUAUUAUUAUUAUUAUUAAUAUUAGUACGUAAUUUAAAUGAGAAUAACAAAAAUCGAAAUGGAUGAGAUUCGAAGUGCAUUCUUGUAGAGAUAAAUUCCUUUAAGCAGUAUAGUCUGAGAGGGAAGGAGUCGACGCAUCUUGCCGGGCGGUCGGCCGUCGGGCCUAGUCGCCCGACCGUCGGGCGUCGGCCGUCGACCGGUCCGACGGUCUAGUUCCGCCGAUGCUAACGUUUCCCCAAAUUUUUUCCAGUAUUUGUGAUUCAAGUGCCACUUUAUGUUUAAUAUAUGAAACGAUUAUUAGAUUAUACGACUAAUGUAAGGGUAACCUAAUAUAUUAAAUUAAAAAUUGUUUUAUCAUUUUAUAUUACAUACAUUUGUGAGAAGUGUUAUAAAAGUACUAUAAUUGACAGUAAUUUAAAAUAUUACACUUUUGUGUAUAGGUAAGGAUAAAGUUCUAACUUAAAUUUAGCCAUAUCAAUAUCUAUUUAAUAAAAGAUUUGUGGUAUUUUCUAUAGGCUCAAUUUAAACGUUAUUCAAAGUGACAUAUGCUUUAGAUAUUCUGUUAAUAAUAUACUUGUAGUUGUAGGUCUUUGGUAUUAUUACAUCAUCGUAGGUUUAAGCGUACAACUAAGUCCUAUAGUAGCUUAUCGUAAGCAUUGAUAUAUUACGGCAACGAUCGCACUUGUAAAUGUUCGUUACUAUGAAAGUUUAUUUACAUUUUUUUAUUUACUAUUUUUAAUUUAUUGAUGGUGUGCCACAGAGAUACUCUGCCAAAAUAUAUCAGUACCAAUUAACAGGAUUAGAUAGUAGAGGCGAGGAUCGCACACUCACCCACCACGCCGGCCGAGCCGAGCGCAGCCGAGACUGGCCGAGACUGGCCGAGCGCGGCCGAGACUGGCCGAGCUUAUCCGAGUUCAGCCGAGCCGAGCGAUCGCUCGCGGGAGGCGAUCGACUUUAAUAAUGUACAUUGUGUAUCUUCCAGUGAUCUUUUUAAUUAAACAUUACGAUUUAGUGCUAAGUGUUAGGUGUUAAGUGAAUCGCUGUACCUUGCCGAGCCGCGCGCUCGGUGACUUCACAAAUUAUUGAGAUAAGUUAGGUGAAUGCGAUGUUCUGCGGACCCAUUGUGUGGCUCGGUGUACCAUUCAAAUGAUGUGUCACUAUAUGGUUUCCCAUCAUAUUUACGUUUUUGUGAUCAUGUAAUAUAGUUAUUUCAAUGAAAUGACCUUGAGUACGCCAUUUUACAUCAAGUGGCAGUGAUUUUUUGUUUUUACCAUCAUCUGAUUAGGUUAUUUCAACGAAAUUACGUUUAUACCAGUAUUUCAUUUAAAAAAAUCGGUUGUUUGUGAAGUCGGUUUACUGACUAUAGUUGAACGUGACAACGUCAUAAGAAAAUACUGAUGGAAUGGUUGCAUUUUUCAAAACAAAAUGUUCGUUUUUCGAAAGAAAAUCUUCAUAGACUAGAAUAUACUUUAUUUCUUGUAAAAAAGUUGGCAACCCUAGAGCAAGGGAACGACGCAUGACGUCAUAUUUUUUUGAGUGUGCAGCCGGUUCCAUCGAAUUAUAAGACGUUGCAAUCAUCACUACUAAUGCUACUUUACGUAACAUGACGAUAAUUGUGUCAUUUCUUAAUAAUCGCAAUUCCAAAAUACGAUGAUAUAAUAUGUAGUGAGUGAUUAUUUGAAUGGUACACUGAGUUACAGAAUAACCCUGCUGAUAUGUUGUGUGGCUGUACUCUUCGACCCGUAGUUGUUAGUGUUAAAUGUUUGUAUGAUGUGUUCAAUUAGUAACAAUAUUAGCGUUUCCUCAUUACCUAGUGUAUCACCUAUAGUGGGACCGAUUCGACGGUUUUUCGAAGCCACCUCCUAUAUGUUGCAUAUUCUUCAUCGCCUUUUGAAAAAUAAUAAAAAAAUAAAAAAAAAAAAUGUUGCGUGUAUCCUUAGGUGUGUACACGCGAGAAAGUGAAACUUCUUUAGUUUAUUUUUUCAAAUCGUAGUGAAUUAUGUGUGUAUUACGUUACACACUGUAGAAUCUAUGAAUGAGUGCAAUACUCGAUGUCAAAAUUACAUCUUAUUCAUAGACACUAUACAAGCAAAAUGUGUCUAUAAAAUAUCCGAUUGUGACAACUUAGAUCAAUUUUAAUCUAGCUCAAUUGUACAAUUCAACAGACUAUAGAAGUUUCAUUUUGAAAAAAAAAAAAAAAACAGCUUGUAACUAUCACCGACUAGUACUAGAGUGACCAGUUUAUGAUAUAUUUGUCUAAAGAUAUUUUUACUAUAAAAUUUUGAAUAGUAUUACUAAAGGCUCGGUAUAUGCAACGCGGAAAACUAACGGUUUCGCCUCGAACACGAUUCGGACCUUGUCGAAUGACUUUUAAUGUAAGGUGCCAAAGAAAGAGUAUCAAAGAUAUGAUGACACUGUUUUUUGGAACAAAAAAAAAAUCGAUCGCAUCUCUUGUAAGACAUAUCUUCCAAAAUUGAUUUUUGAAAAAAAAAAAAAUAGUUUUCGGUACGGGUUAUUGAUCUGAUGUUCCUAUGCCAUUCGUGUAACGUCUAUGCAACAAUAGUGCACUCGCUCUUGGUCUACGUAACUUUUUUAAACUAAAUCAUUGCUAUAGUUGCAAUGGGGAUGAUGACUAGGUUUGAAUAUAUUGAUUUUUAAGAUACAUUCGGGUAGAUAAGGUCAAUGCUAACUAAUUUAUACAUAAAAAACAAAGAUUGACUGGAUAUUUGCAUUAGCAAAAUAAAUAAGAUUAUAAAAUUUCAAAAUAUAUUAAAAAUCUUUUAUCGUAAUUUGAUGAAAAUUCAUACAGUUUUAGCUUCUUUACAUUAAAUGUAACAUUUUUCAAUAUAUGAACUAUAAACAUAAACGCAUAAAUAACAAAGAUAUUAGUAAUUUUGUUUGACCGCCCAUAUAAAUCUAACGAUCAUUAUGACCUACGACGUCAUUAAUUCGCACCAUUUUGUAUGGCGCAUUUUUCAGGGAUCCGCGGCAGCGCCGCGAAUCUGACUUAAAUCCCUGUAGCUCCGGAAGUAAUGAUCGCAGAUCCCCUGUUACUUUUACAAAAUUGCUUUACUAUUAGCAUACUCAUAAUUUAUAUACAAUUUAAAAAUCUAUCAUCAUCCCUAUUAGCUCUUCAUUGACUUAACACGGAUUAAUUAUUUCACGCGUUGGGAAGUGAUUAUACAGUAUAGUCUUGCAAUAAUAUUUUUACGCUACUGUUGAUUAUAAAAAUUAGGUUAAAUUAAUUACUUAAAUUAGUUUUAAACGAGUGACGCUACGGGGGUGGAGAAUAAACCGUGUGACGUAAUUAAUGCAUGACGUAAGCAUAACUAAGUGGAGGGUCUGCGAAAUAGAAAUAAAAAAAGCGAAAUCCUCUAUUUUGUAUGAUAAAAUGAAUUGCGGUAGUCUCACUGAAAGCGGUUUGAUUUAUUUAAAUUACUAUUUUUUUUUUAAUUUUAAAUACUAGGUUGUUGAAAAAAAAAACUCAAAAAUAGUCUUAUUUUGCAUGGUUAUGAACUUCAUAUGAUGAAUUACUUGCAAAUAAAUGUUCGCUACACUUUUGAUGUAUUUUGCACUCGAAAGAAAGGACAUGCUAAAUGGUCUCAUAAACGCGAUAUUUUAGUUUUUAUCAGAAUUUAAUAAUGUAGAUAUAAACUACCGGGUUACGGACGCCACGUAGAUUCUGUAUAUUUUGUCACUUCAAGAAUUAGAAUCUUAAAAUCUUGGUUUUAUCGCCCGUGAAAACCCAUUUUGGGUUUUAACAUAUUUAAAUAACUGAUUAUAUCAGAGAUAGAUAUGCCUUUACUUAGUAUUUUUUUUAAAGAUUGACUGUUAAAUUAUAUUUAAAAAUAUUUAAAUUAAUAAAUUAAAAUUGCAGCAUAGUAGUUAUUUUAUAGGUACGUAACGCGUGUUGUUUGAAUUAUUGUUUGUUGUACGCGAGAUGAACUUAAAGUUUCUAGUGCGAAUUACCUUUACAUAGUUAUUCUUAUUUCUAUGGGUUCUGAUGUCAGUGCUUAGAAUUGCAACUAUCGCAAUGAUUGAAACUGUUACGAUCUACCUCUUGAGAGCGGGCCGGUGUCAAUUCAAUUGAGGGUGUUUCUUUCAAUAGUUUGGGUAAUACUUUUAGCUAUUCGGUGCCGUUCUGUCCAGGAUGUUGCCUCAUGCGCUGUAGUCUGGUCUUACUCGUAAAUUGUGAAUUUAUUACAGCAAUAAAGUUCAAGAUUUAAUUUUUUAUAUAAAGGUUUUUCCAUUUUUUAUGAUGAAAAAAAAAAUUUUAGACGUGCCGAGUAAACCGAAAGUAUAAGGAUCCAGUGCCCUGUAGAAGUAUGUUGUCCAUAGAUUAAAGACGAAAGAAGUCAUGCCUUGAAGUUUUUUAGUCAGUUAAAUGUAAACAGUACUUAAGUAAUGGGUAUGUUAAUAUAAAGAGACAUAAUAUAGGCGUUGUGGUGUAGUGGUGUUAGGGCUCCCCUCACACUCGGGCGAGUCAUCCGUUGCUGAAACUUAAUUGAUAUUUGACGAUUGUGAUAGCCCAAGGUGUGGAGGGGCCGUUAGGUGUCGGUAAAGCGGCGAUCGCGAGUCAUUCGGCUUUGAUAGCCUUUACGUGCAAUGACAAUAUACUGUAAAAGCUUUUAAGACAAAUUCCAGUUUUGGUCUAACCAUUCUGCGUGACAUCCACAAGCGAGCGAUCAUGGUGACUUAGUAGGUUAUCACAGUCAUUUUCAAGUGUCAAACGUUGUAAGGUCAGAGAAAAAUGGAUCUAUUUCCAAAGAUUAAACUUGCCUACAAUUGUGUACUGUAGUACGAAAAGUGAUUAGCAUUGUCAGGUCCAUUUUGCUUAGACGCUAACUGAUUACGAGCAUUCAUUUGUUUGACUGCCAGAAUAUUGGUAAUUGAACACAAUGUCUUGUGUUGUAAAACAGCAUGAGCUAAUUUUUCAAAUUCAGGAGACGUAUUUAUGGAUUAUGGUCGCCAAAUGUUCCCUUGUGGAUAUGACGCAGUAACACAAACUAUAUGACUUGGUUGUGAGAUCCCGAAGCUGCCACCCUUUUGACAAAUUGCGUCCUUGAGAAAUCAUCCGCCUAUAUAAACUCUUAGGAUAUUGAUCGUGGGACAAGAGAUCCAUAUAUUGUCCAUGAUUUGUUUUUGAGGCUAUUUCAGAAUUCCAUCAGUGGGUUGGUAGCAUAAAGGGAUCUUCAAUUAUUUCAAAUGUCAAGUUGCUUAGGAGUAAAAGCGUAUUUUUGGAACGGCGGACGAUUAGGGAGCUAAGCUUGAUACAUUUCGAAUGUAUGUCGAAUAAGAAAAUGGACCUGGUGAAAAAAAAUUAAUGUCUAUGAAACAUACACUUCCAAUGUAACUUUAGCAUAGAGCAUUUAGUUGCGUUUCAAAACUACGCUUUCCCCUUGCCUAAGGUUCAUUUUAAAUCAUCGAAUCGAAUUACAUUCAUAAUAAUUUCACUUUAAACGGACGUUCGUUCGGCAAGUCACAUCUCUUCUGUGGCUAAAGUUUUGCAAAAAUAUAUGAAGGUGAAAUGGAAUUUGAUUUGAUGAGCUAACAAUGACUGUUUGGCGUUCGCUUGGGUGACACGAGGCUAAUUUGUCAAUCUGGGAUACUAAGAUAGUGAUUAAAAGCAUUUUGUCUCUAUGCAGACUAUUAUUAUGAAUGAUUAGUAUUUCUUUGUAUAGCAGAUGCAUGAUUUCGUAAUGCUUAUUCAACAGGUGACUCGAUAUAAUCUUUUAAGAGUCUCAUAAAAUAUAGAGUAAAAAGUAAAUGCAGUAUUCACCAAACACCUAAUUUAUGGAAACCUUAAAUUUAUUUAAUUUUACGUUAUCCUGUAAAGCUGCGAUAUUUUCUUGUAUCGAAUGACAUAAUCAUGACAGAAAGGGAAGAAAUGCAUCCGCUAUAGAAGGUAUAUUAGUUAUACUGUACGCUAGCGUGUCACGCUCGCUAUCGUUCUGUCAGUAGCGCUAUUCAGCAACUAUGUGUUUUACAACACGGCAGUGGUAGUUUCGAAUGCGACUAUGCCUGUGUCUAACAUGCCAAUUGCUACUACAAAUAGAGAGAUAGAGAUAAAUUCCAAGCUUACACUGUCCAGAUAAAAAAGACAUAGUUACAGAAUAGUCCUAUAGCACAUACUCGUAGUCCGGUCACGGUCGCCGCGCCGCACGACCAGGUUGUGAGCGGCGCACGCCGCAAUAACUGAAUCUCCUCUCGGUUCAAGGACUGUAUAUUUCCUGCACACAGUUGCGCCACGUGCAAUUUAGUCUGUGUUAUAUUAUUAUGUUGUUGUAUAUUUAUAUCUUACACCUUUUACAGUAAUAUGUAUAUAAUGUGAAAUUAUAUUCUUAACAAAAAAAAAAGAUUUUAAUACGCUUCACGCUUUCACUUCUUAACAUUUUUUCGUGACUCGUUUCUGUUAUAUAGAAUAAAUUUACGUACCUAAAAGUAAUUAUAAUAAUUAUUAUUAUCAUAGAUGUAUAAAAUGUAAGCGGAAAAAAAAUAAAAAAAACACAAAAAAAAACUUAUAUAAAAACGAAAAAAAAAAAAUGAAAAGCAAUUAAUAAGAAACCAAUGAUUGUGCCUCAAUGAACUGUGGUACGUUACCGUAACCGAUGGCAGGUUGAAUAGUUUCCUUUGGAAGUGACUACUUGUAAUGAAUUGUGCGGUAGGCGCGCCGCGACUAGUGGUAGCGCGCGGCCGGGCCCGCGCCCUCGCCUUGUGUAAUCAUUAAUGAGCUUAGCUAUGUUUUACUUUUAUUAUAAGUGUUAUGUCAUCAAUCAACAUUUUAUAUAUAUAUAUACUUUAUAUAUAUUCUCGUAUAUAACUAUAUACUCUUACGUGUAAAUAUUAUCUAUUUGUUUUGGUUCUCAUGAAGUUUACCCGAAUUAAUAUGUAACAUAAAUAGUAAUAUUUAUUUAUUUGGAGUCGGGAGAUGUAGUGAGGGUAUCGGGCCGUACAUUGAGAGAACACUACGCUCCGUUAUACUUGUGUGAUGAUGUCCGACCUUUGGUAGCUGUUGGCUGGGGUAUAGACAAAGUAAACUGCAAUGACGCAAUAUAACCCGAUCGUAUUGUUUGUCAACUUUUAGGAAGUCUAUUUGGCUUUGAAUGUAGUCAAAAAAAUGUACAUUAGACAGUGACAGAUGUAAAACUGUGUGCACUAAUGAUUUUAUACUAUAGAUAUGGCAAUAGCGCGUCGAAUUGAAGAAGAAAGUCACCUAAUUGGUGUAAUUUCAUUUAGUCUCAUAGUAAACAACAAAAGUUAUUUGAGCAUAAUAAUAAAAUUCUAAAUAAUGUCUAUAAUGCCGAGUUGUGUGUUUAGGAAGUGUAAUAUGUAAGUAAACACAAAGUUGUGCGUGUGUGCACUCUUUAGCUGAGAUUGAAACAGUUUGCGGUGAUUUUGUAGGCGCGUAACGCCUACGUAUCUAUAGUAUAAAAUAAUUGGUUUGUACACACAAAUGCGUUUAUUCUGUUAUCUUACCACUAUACAUGCAAUGCCAAACGGACUACUUAGAAUAGAUUAACUAUACGAUAGCUAUGGAAUUUAAACCAGUAGUUGCUUGCUUGUCAUACGAGCGAAUUACGAACGCGUUAAAAUUGUUUCCAUCAAACAUUGCAAAUCUUCUUGGUCAUUCGCCUCAGCCAAACGUAAUAAAAAGAAACCUUUGGUCGGAUAUUACAUGUAUGCCAAAGUCGAUGUCUCAUUGCCAUUAACGACCACUAAAUAUUUAUAUACUCUUAGAUAAAUCUGUGGAUCUCUGACAUCACAACAAACUAUUGAUCGUACAAAUAAGAGCCAUUUAUCAGACCGGUGUCUGUCCCAAGCUGCUCUGGUGUUAAUUUAGCUCAAGUAUUUUCAAAUAAUAGUUUGCUCAUAAUAUUGUUGUUAUAUUUUUUUUUGUUUAUUUUUUAUCUUUAUUAUUAAAAAAUAAUAAUUAAAACAAGGUUGGCGUUUGGAAAUUUUUGAAAUUGCGUUCGCCGACGACUUUGUUUAAUUAGAUAGCUAUUUAUGAUCUUUAAACCAAAUGGACCAUUCUGUUAGGUAUUGCAUCGUGCGUGCAUAACGCCUAGAACGUAUCUCAGUUAGGAUGUAAAUUUUUAGUUCCUCCGUUUUGUUUUAACAUCGGAUAAGUGAUACCGACCGUUGACGCUUCUAAACGAUACAAAUUACAAUAUAAAAUUUUACUUUUUAAUUAUUAUUGCGGGUAAUUUUGAAAAGUUAGAUCUUUUAGCGAUUUUGAAAGUUUUAAAAAAGUUUUUUGUGACUACCCUACUUUGGAAAGUAGCAGAUUUUAUCGUAACAGGAUUAGAAAAGCAGUUGUUUUAUGAUUUUUAAAUUCAGUCUAGUUUUAAUAAAAUGAGCAUUUGAUGUCGCGGACGGUCGGUCGCCUUUUCGGCUUUAAAAACGCAUUUUAAUGCGAUCUCAAUCGUAAUAGCUAGUAUAAUUAUUUAGUUGCUGACACACCUUUCUGGACUUGACACUGGUGUCAAGUCUCAAUUAUUUUUGCUAAAAUCUGUUAGAAGGUGUGUAGGCUUUUGUUUGAACGGCAUACUCGUAUAGGGACCAAAUAUAUACGAAGUGGCGUGUUUUAUAACUCUCUUUCUCUCAAAACGUCCAUUGCGCUUAACGGCGAUGCUUACUAAAAAGACAACUCAUUUUUCCAUUAACGAAAUAAAAAAAAAACGAUGACUUUAUGUAGCUUUAUGUCGUCAUUAGUGAUAUUGUACAAUAUUCAGGAGGGCCUUUUUAAUUUGAUAAGGUUUUGCUGUUUGCUUGUUAUCUUUGUUUAUAUAUAUUUUUGUACGUUGACGUCCUUACAAUAGAAGCAUAUUAGGUGAUAUCUACAAAGAAACUAGUCUUCCUUUAUUGCGUGGGUCGUGGAUCGGCGUCGGCACAGAGGCGAGCCCCUCUAGUCCUGUUUCGUGGUGCGAUAAGUGAAUACCAAAUAUACUAACGAAGGCUUUCGACGUAGCGUAGGGGUAGGGGUAGGGGUAGUAGGUAGGUAGGCGGCCCGAGCAGCUUGGAACCUGUCUAUGUUACAAGGGAAUGGUUGGGUAGUAUUAUUGUAUUGCAUUUAUUUCUCUUUUGUCAUAGUCACUCAAGAAUAUAUUUAAUUGACCUAACGCCUAAAAUUGGAAUAUCAGAGUUUAUUUAGGAUGUUUCAUAUUUUACAUUUUAGUGUUUAAAAUAUCUAAAAUUUACCUUAAUUAUAGUGAAUGGAUUUUUGUAUUAUUGGUAUAUAGCUGUAAGACAAAGGGUGUUCUCGAUAGACACAAACAACUGAUUUAAUACAAAAUAAUUAAUGUACUGAGUGACUUUACGUGUAAACAGAGAGGGCCAUUGAUUAAAUGUUGAAGUAAGCUAAAUUCUCUAUUUGAUAAUUUAAAUAAAUGUGAUCGCUGAGAAUAUUUUUAACUGCUAUAUGUAAUGUUAUUGUAGAUCAGUAAGUGAACAGGUAUCAGUACACGGAGCAACGCUCGUCAGUUGAGCGAGUGUGCCAGUGCCAGUGCCGGCCAGUGCCAGUGCCAGUGCCAGUGCGAGCACAGGUCGGCUCGCGCCCAGUGCUUCGUUCACAUUGCGUUCCCAUGGCACGUCUUAGGCGAAAAGUACACGACCGACAUCGAUUUGUUAAACUUGAAUUUUUAUCUGUAUAUAAUAAAACUGUCUUUUAUAUUGAAAAUAAAAUAAAAAUUACAAGAAAAUUAUCCACUUCUUAUAGGUAUCUACUUAAGGUAUCUACUAGGUGUCUACUUAAAUACUUUAUGAUGAGUUUUUUACAUCGACUUUUAUCAUCAGAUUGACGUCACUAAAUUGAAAUUGCUUAUAGCAAUUCUUUGAACCCAGUUUUGAACCAGUUUCUUUUAAUCGUUUUUAAUUGUAAACAUCUGUCGUGUACUUUUCGUUUAUACGCAUGAUUCAAUUAAUUAUUAUCUAUGCCCUAUAUGGUACUAGACAAUACUAGACACCAAUAUUUGAGUCAUUCUCUGACGAGAGUAGGGCUAAACGUAUCCUGAUACGAAGGCGAAGCAUAUUAUAUUGCAUAGCGCAGUAUUUAUAAAAUGCACACUGGUGAAAUAUCAGUCGUAGGCGGUAAAUGCAAAAACGUGUCGCUACAGUCGCGGCGAAAAGCGUUUGUCGCGUCUGAAAACAAAAAGUUAUUUUCUCGACAUUUGCCACACGUUCGCUGCUAAGUAGAAAUUAAUUUGACAUGUGCAGGUUCUAUAAAAUUAAUGAUGCGCAUUAGAAGUGGCGACAAUUUCCUGCAUACGUGCCAUUUCUGUUGCCUUGUUACUAGAUAUAUGUUGUCAAAACUAACUCUACGACCCUUCAGUGCUUCGCCUACGUAACAUUUCACGUCCAGCCUAUAUAGCAUUUUAUGUAUAUAUGUGUGUUAAGGCCAACCCCCCACCCACCAAAAAAAACAGCUAAUUGAUGCAGUAGACUCCAUUACUGCUCGCUAACUCACAAGGCAAUCCGCUUUUCUCUAGUCUCCUCGCAUUCGAACAUCGCUUUAUAAGAGCUUUUUGUUAUCGAGCAUAAUUAAUUAUCAUAUCCUAAAUAAUCGACACUAGUUAUUAUUCGUAUUAUUCUUUUUUUUGUUUAUUUAGAUCUCUGUUGUACCUGUGUGUAAUAAAAAAAGAAAAUCGUUUAUAUUCAAUGUUUUUCAUGUAUAUGUAAGUGGACUGAACCGGGUCUCGACUCGAUGCACAGUGUUUGAUUGAUAUACGUAUAGUAACUAUUCGCAUGCAAGUGCGCGCGAGUAAUGCGUUUGUUUAAAGCAAGAACUGCAUGUGACCAAUUUAAACCAUUUUGAAAUUUGAAUGAUACUCUGCUUUCCCAUUGAAAAAAUCUUAUCUCGUAAACUAAGUACAUUCAUAAAAGAAGAUUUUUCAAGGUUUAUGGUUUUGGAUUAACUAAAUUGAUUGUACGCCAAAUUAGUUUGUUGGGUGUAUUUAUAAAACACUUAAGUAGUUUUGAUGUUUGAGGGACACAGAAUAGUUGAAUACUCAUGUACUCGCGUGCACUUGUGUGUCUUUUAUCUAUAAUAACGUAGCUUCAAAGACCAAAAUUUCUAUGUUCCAUUUAGUCUUAUACAACCUCUCGUAUUCGCGUCAAAACCAAUACUCUUAACGGUCUUGCAUUAGUCACUUUUGUACCUUGAUUGUACUUGAAUAUCCUAUGUAAGGGAGACUACGACUAAUACAAUUCUGACAAAAAAAUAUAUACUUAAAUACUUAAUUUAAAUUUUAACAGACUGAUAGCUGUGAUUAAGAAAAAAAUAUUUUUAAUAUUAUCCAGUGAAUCGGAUGAGAAUAUUUAUUUUAUUAGAUGUUUCCUACUGCCAUCGACACGUUUGUAUGUGACGAGACAUACCGCUUUGCGUAUUUUUAUUACUUAGCGUAUCGUGUAAUACGUUUUAGGUGUACGGGAAGUUGAAAAAAAAGACCAAAAAACAACUGGUUUGACGAAAAAAAAAAACAAAAUGACUAGUUAGUUGAGCCCACCAUUUUGUAAUCGAGGUAUCCUUAGAAGCGAUAAUUAGGUCUUUGUUACACUGAAGCUGGGCAAAACCACACUACGCCAUGUUUGUUGCGUCGAAGCUUCUCGCAUUAUUUCGCGUGGCGUGGGGUGGCGAUAUAUGUAUACGCCCGGUAUUAAUUGUUGUCUGUAUGUAGAGACUGAAAAAUUUUGUAAUUUCCAUUACCACCGAUGUCUAUUUGCAAUCUAUUUUUGACCGACCUCCAAAAAGGAGGCGGUUCUAUGUUCGGCUGUAUGUAUGUUUUUUGCUUUAGCCUUCAGAAGAUCUUCGGGUUGAGGACUUGUUCGCAGGUCGAUUGUGAUUUAUACUAUAACUAAUACAAGUAAGCUAGUAGAGUUUACUAAAUUUGACAGAGAUUCUUAAAUAUAAUUUUGUGUAAAAAUUUGCUAGUCUUAUGUUUUUCAUGCCAAAAAUUCUUAAAUUUAAAAUGCAAAUUUGGAGAAUUUAAUACACUCUCAAGAUAUUUGUGUUAUUUUGCGAAAUUCCAUAAUAUACAUUGAGCACUAAGCAAAAGUAUAAAUAAAAUGUGUAUACUUUCUGAGAUGAGCGGAUUUCGUUACACAUCCACAACUUUUCAAAUGAAAUGUACGAAAUAUUGUUAAAGUGUUCUUCAGAUAGCAUGGGUACGGUGACAGUCGCCUGUACGACGUUUAUAAUACCUACAUACUAUUAUCGUGAAACGCGGCAAGCUUUCAAGAGUGAAACCAACUGUCAUUUUUACCAUCCUACAUGAAACGAACUGUAGUGGAGGAUUGCUUGACGAAAUACACUUAUUUUAUUCAAAUUAUCUUAGAUGUGAUGGUUUUGUGGAAUGUAUCAUAUAAGGCUAAGUGUUCAUUGUAGACCCAAAGAUCUUUAUGGUUGUAGACUCAAGGUCGGUAUGAAGGCUAGAGCUUUUGAUCUUAAACGUUGCAUAUCUAGUGACAUUUCUAAUUCGAAUCAAUUUGUUGUAUUCAUAUCCGUUAUCCCGUAAUUGUGUUAGGUUUUUCGAUGUACCUAUAAUAAAAUCUUAAGUUAUCAUAAUAAUAAAAAUAACUUAAUUAAUUGCCUUUUAGUAUUGUAGUGUUCGAUUUCUCUCUAAAGUAAUAAAUGCGAUUGGCGUUGUUUUUAAUAAUAAAAUAUAUUUUUGGUACCACCUUUGAGUUAAAGUACAACUUAGAUAUAAAAAAAAAAUAUUUCUCAGUAACGUAAAACAUUUAUAACAAUGUCGAUGUGAAAUUGAUCGAUAGUGUUACGUAUCGAUAAGUUGUUAGUAUAGAUUUAAGCUGUCUCGUCUCAUUACAGCAAUAAUAUUUAAAAAAAAUAUUCCUCAACGCUUGUAUUUUGAACAAUAUUGAUAUUUUAAAUAGUCAGACAACUAAAUUUUGCAUAAUGAUAAUAUCAAUAGAAUAAUAAAUAAAUUGUAAAAGGUUUUUCUGUGUAAAAGUCUCUGUGAUGAGAAAAUUUAAUUCUAAAGAUGUAGUAGUAUUAUACUGGUGAUGAAACAGGUACUUUAAAAUUAAUAUUAUUAUUAUUAUUAUAUUUAUUUAUAUAUCGCGCGUCCCAACGGCACACGACGAGAUUUUCGCGACAAAAAAAGAAAAAAAAAAUCUCCCGCGUUUCACUAUAAGUGUUACCUGUUUCAUUAAGUGACAAAAAAAGUUGAACUUUUCAGUCUUUUUCGCGCAAAGGGUUGUGUAUUAAUUUUUAUGUAGUACAAAUGUGUUCGCAAUUUGAUUGCUUCUGUAGUGUUCCUUAAGUUGUUUUUGUAUCUGUUUCGGCAUUUAUUUGUAACUCGUAUAUUCUCAAUCUGUUUAUGUAAACGCGAAUAGUGUUAGGGUUCGUUUGCACGGGCGGCAACUCUACCGACGACGAACGACGUCUCGGCGGCAGCCAACGGCAGUCGACGGUAGCAGCUGCCGCCGUGUAAGUGGACACUUAUAGAAGUCGUCGUCGCGGCGGCCGGAGCCCCGGCGUGAGGUCCCCGGACCGCCCCAGUGCCUUGUCUUUACGGCGCUUGUUACGCGCGCGGGGCUCUGCGUACCAAAUAAGAGAAGCAAGCGACGCUUCCACGGUCUCAUAUCCUUUAAUCUGUAUUACCUCGUUCAGUAACCUCACGUAUAAACUAUUUAUCGCUCUCCCGUACUUACCAAACGCACUGCACUGUUAUUUGGUACACCCACCUGUAUUAACCUUCCUUUAAGUUAUUUUGUAAGGUAUAUAAUAUAUUACUACUUAUAUAUAUAAUAUAUAUAUCAUGAAUUGUAUCGGCGUAUCGUAUAUGAUUGAUAUAUUUUUAUUGUUAUUUUCUGAAACUACCUAAAGCAAUGUAUUUUACAAACAAAACAGGAGAACAAUAAUUAUUAUGUAAGUGUAACAGUUAGUGAAUUUAAGUGUGCUAUUUUCCAUUCCAGAACUCAACGAUAUCAACGUUCUCGUAAUACUUAUUAUGUUCGGGUUUAAAAAAAAGAUGUUAUUAUUGUAUAAUUAAACUAAACCUUAUGUGAUUGAAAUGCAAUGUUUAGAAGUAUUUUUAUUCUUUAUUUUUUACCAUUAAUAAUAGUUAGUAGAGAUCUAUUUGAGAGUCUAAUGUAUCAAUUAUUUGUAAAGUUGGCUGUAACUAAUUAGAAGUUACAAUAAUUGUAGACAUAUUUUAAUAUAAACAUUUGGAGAAAGUUUUAUGUAGAUGACAAAUAGUUGUUUUGAUCAUUAUGUGAAGUGUUGUAUUGUAACGUAUAUGUACCUAAUGUAAGGGCGCCCCGCAGCGGCGUCGGCGCAACGUGUACGCACAAGAGGGCGCCGCCGCGGCGUACGCGGGCGCCUGCCGGGCGUGGCCGGGCGCCUGCCGAGCGUGGCCGAGCGCUCGCCGGCGCCGCGGCGGCGUGGUACUGCCUCAACUCUUACUGCACAGCACUGCUAGGCUAAUUCAGUUAUCGUGUAAGCAUAUUUUUCUUACAUUUCAUAAGAGUAAUGUUUAUAGUAUAGGCAAUAAUGUUUAACAAAAGUCCCUAUAUAAUCGAACUGACGACAGAAACGCUGUUAUAUUUGUGGCCUCUUUAUGAAUAAGAUCUAAGUUACAUGUUAAAGAAAAAUUAAUUUUGCUAUGCACAGAUAAUGAUACUCAAUUAAUUGCCAAAAAGUUAUAUGUAUAUUCAUAGUUCAACAAUAUUUCUUUUGGGCAUAUUUACUUUGAAUUUAUGCAAAAAUUAGAUUAUGAAUAAGUAGGUUGUAGAUUAUAUGUAGAGUGGAUGCAUAUAUAAUAUAUCUAUAUAUUUAAAUUAAGGUGAAUUUGAGAUGUAUCAAUUUCUUGUAUUGUUCAUAAGUUUAGAUAAUAAAUGGGUUUAGCCAUACUUCGGCUGGUUUGAUAUGUAUGUUAUCUGAAUAAUUGUAAAAAAAAAAUAAAAAAAUAUAUAAAAA